GUCAGCAUCGAUCAUCAAAAAUCACCAUCAUCAUGCUCGCAGUCAUCAUAUCGGAUUUUGAUUAGACGCUCUCGUACUUGUUAUUGUUUGCGCAAAGCGGCGUUUUCCGUUAGCGCUGGGUCGGAACCCAGCCAGAGUGGAGACUGCGCCGAAAAUCUCCACUCCGCUGAACCCGCGAACCUCGGAUCAAAACGGAAGGUAAUAAGAGUGGAUGGAUGGAUGGGAAACGAAAGCCAUACUGUCAUUAUAGUUCGCCAAGAGACCCACAGCAGCCGCAUUUGAAUACACACCGGGGACCGGGGCAGUAAAGUGUGCAGAUCUUUUCGCCCGAGUUUGGCGUUUUGGCCCAUUCACGUUUCGGUAGUCACGCGGUCGGGUUCAGUCCGGGAGCGGGAGCGAUGAAGUUUCCCGGAAAGGUAUAAACCGUUUAAAGGUUAAGACGCGUGCGUAUUGCGGUGGACUUCGCGGAGUGGCUAACAGGUAUCCGGGAGAACUAGGAAACAUUUGAAGAUCAACUCAGAAAUUAACACAAAAUAACCGUUAGAAAGUAAAGUGCUUUUGCCUUGGAACUGAUCCGAUCAUGAACUGGUCCACAAGGUGCUCGGCAGCAGUGGUGUAUAUUGGCUGCUGCAUGUUGUUUACCAUCGCGGUGCAUUGUCACACGAUUCCAUCGGCGAAGUGGAAGAAAUAUGACCGCAAUGCUACUCUGAACCUCGUCGAAUCUGUACCAGAGACGCAGGUGCAUCGAACGCGCGACAGUGUCACUGCCAGUGCCAACGUGAGUGAACUUUACCGAUCGCAGAUGGAACGAAUCAAUUCUUCACUACAAACGGAUAGCGCGGGUGAAAUCUCUGGGAACAAGCGCUGGAAGUCGCAGAAAAUUACCCCACCGGGACGAAGUCGAAUUAACAAUCGGUCAAUGACAGCGUGCAAUGAGAUCAAGAGCAGCGUGGGGCCGAGUAUACUACGGUCAAAGAUGGGUCCGAUAAUGCAGAACCAAACAGCUAUACAGAUGCGUCAGGAUACGAACCUUUUCGAUCCGAACUAUGGAAGGUUGGACGGACUCACGGAGUUACUAGCACGAGCAUCACAGUCGAGUGAUGUUGAAGAGUACUUCAGGAAGUAUGUUCUGGAUGGAGAUGUAUCUGCUUCAUUCGAAGAUGACGAUGAGGACGACGAAAACGACGACGAUGAUGACUACAACGACCCCGAGGCCCGUUUCAAGAAGAAAAAGAAGAAACUCAAGUACAAGAAGUUCCUUCUGCCACUGCUGUUGGCUUACAAGCUCAAGUUCAUGAUGAUGGUUCCGGCGAUGAUCGGUGGUCUGGUGCUGCUGGUGAAGGCCGCCGGUCUGGCCGGAUUUUUCUUCGCCCUAUUUGCCUCCGUGGUGAGCCUCCAGAAGCACCACUAAACAACUGACCAAUCUAACGAUGCAGACAGACACUGUGUGAGGUUCGGCAUUGCGGCAUGCGUAACACGGCGAUCAAUCGGAGAUAUGACAGUGGAAGAAUACGUUUCGAAGGGAAAAUGGCAACCAGCGAGCAUGAAAUUGAGAAGAUCUUGAUUGAGUAAGAGAUCACCUAAACGGAAAGUAGUUGCAACGAUCAGAUUUAAACUCCGAAAUCUAAUUAUGGUGACACCUGAGAUGGAACAUACAAUUGAUUCCCUAGGAACUAGAUAGUAUAAGUUAUUUAUUGUUAG